AUGGCCGCUCGUCGCAGACGCGAAGCUGUUGAGAAUGCCAUCAUUGCACUGGCGAACCGAACGGCUGCACCUCCUCCUAAUCAAGGAAACUCGGUCUUUGACCGUUUUUACCGUCAUAGACCUCCUACCUAUGAGGGAACUGUUGAUCCCGUAGUACUAGAAAGUUGGCUCCGGGAGAUGGAAAAGUUGUUCACUGCAACUAACUGCCCCACUCAUGAGAUGGUUUCCAUCGGUUCCUAUUACCUGAAAAUGGAAGCGGACAACUGGUGGAGUACUGUUAGGGAAAGUUGCUUGGCUGAAGGUGAGUUUGGUUGGUCUGAGUUUGCUACUAAGCUGAAAGAAAGGUUCUAUCCUUAUGAGCUUCGAUGGCAGAAACAGGAAGAGUUCUUGUCGUUGUCUCAAGGGUCACUCUCGAUCCAAGAAUAUACUAAUAAGUUCACUGCUCUGUCGCGUUUUGCCACUGCUGUAGUCCCUACAGAGGCUGAGAGGGUGAAACGGUAUAUCAAAAAGAUGGAUCCGAAAGUUAGGACCCAUGUGCUUAGUUCUGGUGCUAAGACUUUCCAGGGUGCUUAUGAGAUUGCACUCAGCAUCCAUGCUUCCAUCCUAGAAGAAGAAGCUACUAAAUCUGGUUCUAGUUUUGGCUCAGGUGCGAGUUUCAAGCCGAAACUUGACUCUAAUUGUCGUGGAUGUGGGAAGGAUUUCCAUGCUGGCAAGAACUGUGAUGGCUUCGCUAUCGUUUGUUACUAUUGCAAGGAAGUGGGACAUAAGUCCUUCAAGUGUCCCAAGAAUCCGAAUGCUACUACUCCGCCUGUUGCAACACCUGCUGGUUCUUCUGCCCCGUUUAAGAACCGAAUAUAUGUUAUGACUCAAGCUGAGGCAAACAUUCAUCCAGACGUAAUCACGGGUACUUUCUUUGUAAAUUUUGUACCUGCUUAUGUUCUUUUUGAUACUGGAGCUACUGUUUCAUUUGUUUCUAGUAUUUUUGUUAAAAGGCUAAUAUGA